CUUUUCGUGAAGAGCCGCCGUUCUUUUGCUACUACUCUCCUGCAUUGCCCCCCCUCCUUUACCCCUUUACCCCUCGAUCCCUCGACGACCCCUCCCCCUCAUGGUCUUCCCCGCGUGAUCCUCCUUCGUUACCUGUUCUACAGCUCUCUAAUUUAAUACUCCUGUCCUGCGUCGACCUGGUUUUGUGAUACCCACAAGAAGAAGAAAACAAAACAAAGGAAUCUUACCUUAAUCAGAGUUAAGCAAUGUUGCAACGACUCCUGCUCGCCGGCCUCGUCCCGCAAGUCGUCCUCGGCUCCUCUUUCUCCCUCUCGUUCGAGCGAAUCAGGAGCGAUGUUAAUAUCCUCCUGCCUUCGACCCCGGGUUUUGGAAGGACCGCACAUACGUCCGAGUUUGAUGAGCAGGGUUUCUGGUUCACCAACUUUACCGUUGGCGCCAGCAAGGAUCUCAUCCUUCUGAUCGAUACCGGCUCCACCGAUGUCUAUCUCAACCCAGGCGUCUACAAACCCAGUCCAAUCUCCCAGGACCAGCACGUCAACUUCACCAUCACCUUCGAGACCACCAACCCGGACGGCUCGGGCACAGAAACCAUCGUCGGCCCCGUCUACAAGGACAUCGUCGGCCUCGAUGGUACCAACCUCUCCCUCAGCGCACAACCCCUCGGCGCCGUUGCCGACCCCGUGAGCCCCCCGACCUUCCCUCACGAUGGCCUCGUCGGCUUUGCUGGGCUCUACCAGACGGCUCUGAACUCGACCUCGUGGUUCCAGCAGCUCUGCGACCAUGGCGAGCUCGAUGCCUGCCGCUUCGGCAUCGCAUACAAGACGGACGAGACGGGUGAGCAGUACUUUGGUUACGUGGCGGAGGAGCGCUUCGAGGGGCCCCUGAGCGUGUCGCCGGUGAUCCCAAAUAUGGAGUGGGGUACGUAUAUGGAUAUCGCGUACGAUGGGCAGGUGGUGGAGAGGGAUGCGUUGAUGGUUACUGACAGCGGGACCACGAUCAUCUUUGGACCCAUCGACCAAGUACAGACCCUGUUUGAUGCGGCCGGCAUCCAAUCCGUGUUGAGCCCCAACACAACUGCCGAUGCGCCCAGCACGCUCACCGGGUACUUCAACUGCUCCAACCCGCCAACCUUUGGAUUCGGCCUGCCCUCUCUCAGCAACGCCACCGCCGCCUCCACGAACCUGUCGAGCCCGGUCAGCCACCAGAGCACGAUCUUCAACAUCCUGCCCAGCCAGCUGGUGCAGAACAGCACGGGGGACAACUGCACGGCGAGCAUCCACGGCACGGACGAGUUCCCGUUCUGGCUUGUGGGGCAAGUCUUCUUCCAGGGAAAGUAUAUUGAUCAUAACCACGACGACGAGACGAUGGGCUUUGCCACCCUCUGGCAGUCGUAGGAUUUGUUCGACGGCCGCUUGUAUGUACAUAGCGAGGUUGUUGUAAAUAAUCAAUAAUCAAAAUCAUAAUUAGCAUAAUUCAUUCGCCCCAAGUUCUCUCUCCCUCUCU